AAACACAGAAACAGUGGACAAGCGGCGAGUCGCCGUGUUGAAGCGAAACCCACACAAAACAAGAAGAACAAGAGCGACUAUCGUCACAGGAUUCCCGUUAACGGGAGCCAAGGAAAGAAGCCCUUCGAUCCGUGCUCCGGAAGUUACGAAACAUCGAGCUUGUGGGUUCAAAGGAGGAGCAGUCUUUUGUGUGCACCAGGCGCAACUGCGUGAUUCAGAGGAUUGGGUGGAACGAGUUUGUGCUUUUUGGCUCGAUGCCACACCGUUAAGAUGUCGAUGCCGGAGUCCUCGGACUAUCUCACGCAAUCGGAUUUGGCAUUGAAAUUAGAUCAAAAUGUCGAACCCCGCGGUCCACCGAUGCCGUAUCGGAACCCUGAACACUCGAAGAAAGCGUUUGAGACCAUGAAUCAACUGCGAAAACAAGGACUACUAUGCGAUGUGACCCUCGUAGCAGGACGCGUCGAGGCUCCUGCUCAUAAAAUGUUGCUCGCAUCCUGCUCCGCCUAUUUUUAUGCGAUGUUCACGGCUUUCGAAGAACAACGACAGGAUCGAAUUACCCUUCAAAGUCUCGAGGGAGAGGCUCUGCUCCUAUUGCUUGAUUAUAUGUACACAAGUCAAAUUCAUGUGAACGAAGAAAACGUACAGCUGGUCCUUCCGGCAGCGAACAUUCUUCAGUUGACCGAUGUUAAGAAUGCCUGUUGUGGUUUCCUGCAUCAUCAGCUCCAUCCGUCCAAUUGCUUAGGCAUCCGUAGCUUCGCCGAUAUUCACGGAUGUCACAAGCUCGUUGCUCUGGCUGACAGUUUCAUUGAGCAGAACUUCGUCGAAGUGGUACAGCACGAAGAAUUUCUCACUCUCACCGCGAGCCAAGUCGCUCAGCUUAUCCGCAGCGACAAACUCAGCGUACCUAGCGAAGAACAGGUGUAUAAUGCGGUCAUGUUCUGGGUUCGGUUCGACCCGAGCACGCGACAAAAAGAACUGGUUGAUCUCAUGCCGCAUGUGAGGCUGCCGCUCCUCCCUCAGAAUUUCCUCGUUACCAGAGUCGAGUCAGAUUUGAAGAAGAAUCACGAUUGUAAAGAUUUGCUCAUCGAGGCGAUGAAAUACCAUUUGCUUAAGGACGACGAAAAACAUGUUUUCGAAGCAAGUGUAUCCCGAGCCAAACCAAGACAACCAAGAGGCAAACCCAAGAUCCUCAUGGUUGUUGGCGGCCAAGCUCCCAAAGCCAUACGAUCAGUUGAAGGAUACGAUUUCAAAAGGGAUCGAUGGAUCAAUCUGCCUGAUCUCCCGUCAAGAAGAUGUCGAGCCGGAAUCGCCGUUCUAAAUGGGCAAGUUUAUGCCGUCGGUGGUUUCAACGGAUCUCUAAGGGUGCGGACAGUGGACCUCUACGACCCCCAGCGUGACCAGUGGACGCAGACCGCCCAGUUGGAGGCGCGACGAUCAACUCUUGGGGUUGCUGUUCUGAACAACGUCAUUUACGCGGUUGGAGGUUUCGACGGCGCUACAGGAUUGAAUAGCGCCGAAUGCUAUGACGCGAAGCUCUCAGAAUGGAAGGAGAUACCGCCCAUGUCGAUCAGGCGCAGCAGCGUAGGUGUGGGGGUUCUCGCGGGGCUCCUCUACGCAAUCGGCGGUUACGAUGGCGCCAGCAGACAGUGCCUCAACUCGGUCGAGGUUUACGAUCCUAAAUUAAACGAGUGGAAAGCGUGCACGAAUAUGAUUUGGCGGAGGAGUGGAGCCGGAGUCGGCGUGCUUGGGGACUUACUGUACGCAGUCGGAGGACACGAUGGACCUGUGGUCCGGAAGAGCGUUGAAUGCUACUGCCCGAGCAAACAAACGUGGACUUGCAUUCCCGAUAUGAUGUUAGCUCGUCGGAAUGCUGGAGUUAUAGCGCACGACGGCUUACUAUACGUGGUUGGUGGCGAUGACGGAACUUGCAACUUGGCGAGCGUGGAAGUCUACGACCCUAAAACGAACUCGUGGAGCAUGUUGAACAGCUUUAUGCAACAAGGACGAAGCUACGCGGGAGUGGCGAUCAUAGACAGUCCUGUCAAAGACAAAUGGACCUGCAAUGAAUUGAAUCCGUUCUAGUCAUCGCAACCUCACAGAGCCUCGUGGUUACGUGGGGAUCUGGACAGAUAUCCCGUUUCGUUGGUGGCCUCCCGCUCCAUUUCUCCUCUGGAUCCCGACAGCGGAAAGGUGGGGCUCAUCCGCCGGGACCGAACAAUCUACCGUACCGUGUACACACCAUGCCUACUCUUAUUCGUGGAGAAGAAUCUCGUUCAGAUAGUGUGCAAUAGUCUAGGAAGAUGGAAAGACAAUCUUGCCCACUUCGGUGAUCGGAAAACUCACGUAAAGAUCUUUAGACUUCGCUCAUGAGCUCCGAUAUUGU